AGCCGACUUCCGGCCGUGGGUAUCCAUCUGUCUAGUCCCAAACAAGAUUGGGCAACAUGGUUCGCAGAACGGACCCAGCGCGGCGGGUGACGGGCGGACUUUGCAAGACUAGUCCUCCACAGUCUAAACCAGAGGCUUCCUCCAGACCCUCCCGAGAUCCCCGAGACUCUGACUCGGCUAUGGAGUCGUCUGAGAGCGACGACGAGGGGGGAAUGGAGGAACUGGUGGCGAUGGCAAGUCGGAGCAUGCGGGCCAAGAUGGCGGAGUCAGCCUCAGCCACGAGUUCGGCCGCCGCUGCCGAGGCGGGAACGUCUACAGCCACAUCUGCCGCCUCGUUCAUGAUCGACAAGCGGCCGUCGGCUGAAGACGAGCAGCAGGCCGAAGUCAUCGUACCCGAUUUGUCGGGCCCGAAGCCUGGAAAGUCUUCGUGGCGCAAGAAACAGAUUCAGCUGUCUUCUGAACUUGACCCUGGCAUUGAUGUCGGGGAGACGUACCUGAACCUGGACAACCGACACCCGACAGCAGAAACCACCACCAUGACAAACAUCCUGAUGAAGGAUAGACAGGAUGAAGAGAUAAUGAAAAAGAGUGUGGUGACUCCAGACUUUGAGCAGAAGCACAGCGUGCCUCCUUACAAGGAAACUGUCAAGCAGCUGAAGAAGAAAAGAAAGGAGGAACGCGAAGCAUCGACAGGCAGGAAAUGGUUUGACAUGAAGGCUCCUGAGCUGACAGCUGAAACUAAGAAUGACCUGGAUGUGUUGAAGAUGCGAAAGGUUUUGGACCCCAAAAGAUUCUACAAGAAAAAUGACAGAGAGGCAUACCCUAAGUACUUCCAGAUGGGUACAGUGGAGGACAGCCCCGCUGACUUCUACCGUUCACGGGUCCCAAAGAAGGACAGGAAGGCUACCAUUGUGGAUGAACUACUGGCAGAUGCCGAGUUCAGAAAGUAUAACAAGAAGAAGUACUCCGAUGUUCAGGAGAAGCUGAGGAAGAAACGCCCAUCAGGAGCGAGUCGACACAUGAAGAGACUGAAGAAACAGAAGUGAUGAGGACAUGUCUGGCCUUCACAGGUGUUGAUCUAGUAAAAGCAGGCUGAAUGGUUCUGAAUGGUUUCAACCAAUCUGGAAAUAGGUUGCUCCAAUGUGGGCCAUAUUACCACCUUUAUAAGGGAUGUGUAGCCUCAUUCACUGAGCUGCAGAGGACUGUAACUCUUGACUGAACAAAAGAAAAUGUUCAUCACCUUGUAAAUAUAAAAGUUGUCCAUUUUGUAGUACAAAUGUAUGUCGAGUACCUAUGUUACUUUGUGAAGUGAUGAUGGUCAUUUGCAUCAUCCAAGAAUGACUGAACUACAAGGACAGCGCAGCUUUGUCCUGAUUAGCAGUGGGCUUAUAUAUGUUUGA